UUGCUGAGUUAUUCUACUUACACUGUCCAGCAACUGGGCACCUUAAUGCAAUUUUCAGCUGAUACAACUGAGUGCUUGCUCAUUAUUCAUUGCAAAGAUCUUUUCUUGCAGAUGACUAGGCAGAGCAAGGAUUUUAUAGAGCAGUGUGUGCGUCUUCUCAACUGCCAAGAAUCAAUGGAGAUUUUUGACCUAUAUGCACUGUUGACUUUUCAUGGGAUGCCAUUAAUCAAUGUCAUGUACACCAAUGAGGAGGAUAUUGCAAUUGCUAACCCUGUCCUCUCAUGGGUUUCCUGUGUUCUCUCUGAUAAAGUUAAAUUGGUUCAUGGUCCCUGA